AUGAACGGCACUCUGAACGGCAAGCGCCAAGCAUCGUCAAGUACCUACCUGCCUUGCCUUGAUGCUUGGGUGACUUCGUGGUUCCUGUCAAUCCUUUUCCUCAUUCACCUGCCUUUCUCCUUCCCUGCCUCACCUUGCUCACCUGCCGCGCCUGCCUCACCUGUGGUGAUCUGCGUAAGCUGUGGCAGGCGGGCAGGGCUGGACUUGGCUGCGUGUCGGAGAAAACUCCAUCGCUUCCUAGCCUGCCACCAACAUCCAACCACAACACCAUCACAGACUGCAAAGCCACGGCCGAAACGCAAGCUCUCAAUCACAAUGUCGUCAAUGUCGAGUUGCACAGCCGAUUGA